AAUUGUAAUGUAACGGAGCGAGAUCCAUGGUUGUACAACAGGCCUCAUAAUUACGUCGAUUUUGCUAGCGAUGAGAAUGGUCUUUGGAUUACAUAUAUCCGACAGGGAAGCCAACACGUCACUGUCAGUAAAAUAGAAAGUGAUUUUUAUGUGGUUGAUACAUGGGAUAUUUAUGAGCUAAAUGCUACAGAUUUUGCCGACUCAUUUAUUAUGUGUGGAGUACUCUAUGCAAUAAAAAGCGGUACUGAAAGAGAUACAGAGAUCUUUUUUGGUUACGAUCUUUAUAGACGUAAAGCCUACAAUAUCAGUAUUCGUUGGUACAAUCCGUAUAGGGGUUUAACAAUGCUUCAGUAUAAUCCAGUUGAUGAACGUCUAUACUUUUUUGAUUCUCGACGACUACUAAGCGUAAACAUUCGGACUGAAGAGGAAGAAGAUGGUGUAACCAUUGACUAUAGCGACUAUGAAUAG